AGUACUCCUCCUUGUCUUUUGCCGAGUAACAGCCUUUCUCAUUAUCCUGCUCUCCAUUAUCAGAGGAAGAGCUGCACUCUAAGUGUAAUCAGCAACAACAACAAAAAGAAAAGCGUGGGUAAACCCUCGCAAUCUGCUUUCGGCUGUGCACCUCGAUUUUUCCUCUUCCUGUUUUUCUUACCUUUCUCCUUUUACGCUCUGUUGUGAGCUUUUUCUCACCUCUCCACCCCCACCCCCACUCUCUCUCCUUAGGUGGACAUAAGCGCUCUGAACGACUCCAAAAGGGGCUAGCAGGCCAGGCGGGCGCCCACAGAGUCCGCAUAAUAUACAACAGUGAACUUCUUGCUGCUCAGCACCCGUAUAUCCGUACCGGCAGACACGCCCACAGAAAGCUCUCAUUGCUGUUCUUCGAUCUCUCUCCGCGAUUGCUUUACGAAGUGGAACGGAGGGACGAGGGAGCUGCUCUAGUUUCUUCUUAUUUAAUCUUCUUCUUUUUGUUCUUUUCUUAGAAUGUCGACGUACGAGUGGGUCAUUGAGCAAGAAAGCCCUGACGGCGUCACGACGCGUAUCGUCUUCGACAUCGCCGGUGCUGACGAGGCCACGAACGGCAACAGUCAUACCAUCGGCUCUCGUUACAACAGUUCUUCUGCUUCAUUGCCCUCGCGCAUGCGUGGAGGCCGCGGCGGCCGUGGAGUCUCCUCUGUAGCUCCAUUACAGCAAAUCGGGGUGAGCAGCACAUCCACCAACACGUUUUUCGCUUUCAGAGACGCCACCACACGAUCGGAGGGCGGGAGUAGCAAGCGCAGCAGCAAGCGCAGCAACGGCAGUCGGUCACGGCGCAACCACCGCCUAGGCAGCUCCGUCAAUGGAAGCGGGCCGAGUGUAGGCGGCACGGGCAGCAGACUCGCCCCUGCCGGUUCCGCCUACACCUCCGCUGCUCUUCGUCAGCGCUAUCAUCGCAUGCUCUUCGGUGAACGCGGCGCUUCCGCACCCAUGUCAGCUCGCCUCGAUCCGACAGGCAGCAGCUUCGGUACAACCAACUUCUACACUCGAGCGGCCGGAACCGCCAACGUCGGCUACGCCACCACCGCCACCGCCAGCGCCGCCUCUUCUUCCCCUAGUACAAUUUUCAUGUCCACCUACGGAGCCGAAAUGACGGAGGAGGAAGAGCGAUCGAGUGGCAGCUACCCGCCGCGUCGCAGCCGUGCCAGCACGAACAGCAGCGGCAGCGGUGGCGGCUCAUCGCGCAACAGCGUGGGUAACGUAAAAGGUAGCGUUAUCGCGACUGUUGUCGACAGUAGCAGUGGUGGUGGCCAACAGGAUGAGGUGCCACCGCGAUAUGCGCCGUGGGCGGCCCACGUGGAAGAUCCUGCACCCUCUCCCCCCCCAAACCAUCCCGUAUGCAUCUCGCAACCACCAAACGAGGUCUCUGCGUCCUUUGCACGGCCGCUUCCGCCAUCGAACACCGCCACGAUGGACUACGUCGAUGACAAGGAUCGCUACUGCAGUUAUGUGAGGCGAGAUGUGUGGGCGGCGCGGGCGACGUGCCCUCACACCGUCACGGCGGGUCCGAGCGAGUUCCCAGCUUUUCCGCCCCUCCACCCGAUUCCGCUGGAGGAAGAAGGGGAGAGCGCGAGGAAUGGCGAGGGCAACGCGCCGGACAGCAAAGAGCGCGAUACCCAUAACGGUAGUCGGCGGAGGAGCCACGGCUACGCUGCUGCGAUGCAGCAGCCGUUUCGCGUUGUGUCCGACUGGAACGACAAGAACGGUGGCGGAAGUGAUGGAGAGGGACACGGUGGAGAUGAUUUGCAGCGACCGUUUUUCGUGAAUAGUAGUCCCGCAAUAGCACAGAAGCAGCAGUGCGGCGUGACUGCGGAAUUGAGGGAAGACAGCCGCCGAUACAACAAGAUGCUGCUCCGAAAAGAGCGUGAGCGCGGGCGUGGGCGCGGGUGGCAGGCAACGUCAGCAUCUGCAGCCGCAACCACCGCGUCGUCUGCGGGUGGCCGAUACGGUGACGCCAAGGACAGGUCUGUCUCCUCCUACUCGUGCGAUAGCGACGACGCCGAUGUUGAUGUGGACUCAGAGGACUCGUCUAUCGAGUGCUUAAGCAACUCCCCCAGCAGCAGCGAGGACUCGGACGCGGAGGCACUUCGUGCCGACGCCUCCUUCGCCGCCAAGGUGCAGUCCCUCGCGAGCCGUGCGGGGCGAGAGCGGCGCAAAAUGGAAGCGCGCGAGGAGCGUCAGCUGCAAAACGAACUGCUACGCUGCGAGGAGGCGCUGCUAACGCCGCCGAUAGCGUUUCUGCACGAAUCGAUGGCGCCGUCGCCGUCUCCCCCUUUCUCGUUGGCGGCCACCCUGCGCCAGCGCGACACCGCCUCCGCCGCGACCGGUGUGCGCGCGAUGGCUGGAUGCAGUGUGGAUGGGCAACGCAUGAACGCUUCUACGCGAUCUGGCAGCGGCAGCAACAGCAGCAAUAGUAGCUAUACACCCUCCUCCUUCUUUAUUUCGCCGAUUCAUCAGUCCGUUGCGGCGGAGUCGUCGACGUGGGCUGGGGCGGGGACGCGGGUCCAGUUUCUCGGACAGGGCGGCCUCAGCAGCAGUGCCGGACGAGCAGCAGCAGCAGCAACGAACCGUCUUGGUGCGAACAGCGGUGGCGUUAAUCGACGCCGCGGCCGCACCGAUGACAACGAAGAGGACGAUCUCCACGUGGAGGAAGCACAGGACCAGCGCGAGAGCACGGUGCACCUAUCGAGCACACGACGUGACGAUGAUCCCGGUACGCAUGUGAGUUCUUCUUCUUCUUUCGCUGCGCCACUCCCAAUAUCCAAGUCACAAGCGCGUCGUGCGCGGAAGCAGCGGAAGAAAGGCAACGAGAUCCGCCAGUCCGUCGUGGCGGAGUGCGGUGGGAGUCGUGCGCUGCGCCCCGUCGCGCCGCCGUCCAUCGAGCCUCCGCUGGAGAUGCUGCCGUGCAGUAAGAAGGAGAUGUGCGACGAUCUGCUGGAGUCGUUCCUGAUGGCCGCGGCUCUCGAGGACGAUGAUUUGAAGUUGCCUUAA